AUGGAUGUCGAAGGAAAGAUGAAUGCUUUCCUCGCCACAACCGAGAUUGAUCUUGGCGUACAGAUGAAUAUCCCCGAAGAGACGCCGCUACCAGCAAACAACAACCUCAACUUGAACUACCCACAGUUCAGCAACGGCUACAAUAUGCAGCCGGCGCAAUACAACUGGGCAAUCUUGCAGAACCAAUCUCUUCAGCCCCAGCUGCAUGAGCUGCACACAAACGCGCAGAUGCAGCAAUCUGGGCCAUCGCGUCCGACACACAGGCCCGCUCCAGUGGCGAUCGCCAAUGAAGAAGCCCCCAAUACGGUCAACAUCAACCUCGGACUCGAUACCACAACGAUAUCAUAUCUAUCUUCUCUAUUCCGGGCGCGGAACCCGCCAGCAACAGUUACUCGCGUACUCGCAACAUCGCACCAUGACCCCACGCUGGUGAGUAGUAGCAACCACAACCCUGUUGAAGUGACUGUCCCCAGCGUGACAGGCUUCGAGAGCUACGAGAAUAUUCGCGCCAGCAUGCUGCGUACCGUUCACCCCGGGUUUGUUGAGACGGACAGAGAACCGCCUUCCAACAAGGCGGCGGUGGCACCGGGCGAGGAACCGCAAAGGGUGAUGAAUAUGGCGAACCGGCCUCUCUCACCAGAUCUCCUCUCACGUCUGGCGAAUGAAAAUAAGCGAUAG